CAAUGUGGAGGGGGGAAUGUGCGAAUUCGUGAAUGUGUUUAAUUUUAAUUUUUUCGUAACUUGUUUUUUUCGCGAUAAGUAGAUGCUUAUCAGUCGGAAAACCCUAUACCUAGCCGAGCCCCUCGUUCCUUAUCAGUAGUGAGCCCGUCGCUUUAUGCUCCUUGCCGACACCUUCGAAAAAUGGAUGGAGAAGGCAACAAAAAACCGUGGGACGCGAGCCAGCUGAGGAAGUACGACCUAACCUUCGACGAAAUCCCGAGACUCCACUACAAGGACCCCAAAAUCGACGAGUACAUCAGGGCGAACAAGCCGGUGGUCAUCAUCGAGUCCAACAUCAUCAAGCCGGCGCUGCAGAGGUGGACGUUGGAGUAUUUGGAGAAGAACCUGGGGCAGACGGGACAUACGUGCUUCGUGUCCAAAAACCACCAGUUUAAGUAUUACGAUGAUAAGAAGAUUUACGAUAAGACGAACAAUACCAAAGGGGUGGAGUUUACGCCACCGACGAAGAAAGUGGAGAUGAGAAUUGAAGACUUUAUGAAGAGGGUGAAGGAGUGGAAGAAAGGGGACGAUAGGAUUUAUUUACAACAAUCCCUAACCACGUCGGUGGGCAACAACAUAGUCGAAGACUUCGUCAAGUUCGACUGGGACUACGUCAACGGCAAGCAAGCCAAACACAACUGGGGACCACUAACAUCCAACUUGUUGUUCAUCGCGAUGGAAGGGAAUCAAACCCCUUGUCAUUACGACGAACAAGAAAAUUUUUUCGCGCAAGUCCAGGGUUACAAACGGUGCAUUUUGUUCCCACCGAGUCAAUUUGAAUGUCUUUACCCUUAUCCGGUGCACCACCCCCACGACAGACAGAGCAUGGUGGACUUCGAGCAUCCGGAUAACGCCAAGUUCCCGAAAUUCAAAGACGCCAAAGGUUGCGAGGCCAUAGUGGGUCCCGGGGACGUCCUAUACAUACCCAUUUACUGGUGGCACCACAUCGAGUCGUUAAUGCGUGGCGGUCCAACAACGACCGUGAAUUUUUGGUAUAAGGGUGGACCGAGCACGUUAGAGUAUCCUUUGAAAGACCAUCAGAAGGUAGCCAUCUCGAGGAACGUCGAAAAAAUGUUGUUAGAAGUUUUACAAGACCCCAAAGAAGUCGGACCACUACUUAGCGCGAUGGUACUUGGGAGGUACACCGAAUAGUCGUCGUACGUACGUUUUAUUAAAUUAAUGACUGAUUACGCAAAAUUUGUUUAUCGAGUGCAGUAUUUGAAGAGAACGUUGCAAUAGUGACUUUAUUUGCCCUAAAUAUCUAUGUAAAUACGCGAACAGUACACUUCAAGUCUUUAUUUAACUGUGAUUGGUCUAGAACAAUUGUUAAGGUUUUUGUAAAUUGUUAACGAGAGUUAAUGUUAUAGUUAAUCUCUAUACUCUAAAAUCAAUAUCAAAGACUUACCAAAAUAAGUUGGACGAAUUUAGUAUUUUCGGCUACAAUUUAGUCUUCGCACAACUUUUGCCAUUUUUUCAAUGUUUAAUUGUUGCUAUGUUGUUGUUAUUUUAAGCGCAAAGAGCUUGUUUUAUCCGACCUACAUAUUAUAUAUCGCCUCUAUAUUUUAUUUGGUCUUUUUUCUAAAGAAACAGCCUUAUCGUGUUGAAGCGACCCGUGCAAUUCAUUUUACUUACAAUCUGUCCUCUCCUGUCAUCAAGUUGUUGUUUUUCUAGAAAAGAGAACACGAUGUUUAGCUUUACGUUCUAUGUCUGAAGUGAACAAUUAUUUUUAUAAAUAGACUAAAUACUUCUUUA